AUGUCAACAAAAUCUUCCAGAAGUAAUGUUGGUAGAAGAAAAAAUAAGCAAGAAGUACCAAACAAAUUUUUGGAUAAAUUAUCAAGUGAUGAAUUUAUACUUAAUCCAACUUCAACCACAUUCGAAAACAUAAUUAAUACUGAUUAUGAGGAACUAAAGGAAAAAAUGAUUGAAAUUGAGCAUUAUUAUAAUAUAAAUACUUUGAAAAUUUUAGAAGAUACUUAUAAACUUCUUGAGGAACGAAGAGAAGUUUUAAAAAAAAUAGCUAAGGAAUCAAAUCCUGAUAUCAAGUUGCCAAGAACUUCCUCAAAAAUUAAAAAACUACUUGAAGUAAUUAACGAGAGAAAAGAAAAAUUGCUUAGAUAUGGAAUUUCGAUUGACAGUUGUAGCUCAAACAAUAAUGUUGCUCGUAGACCAAAACGCGAUAAAAUUACUGACAAUAAUCAAAAAAUUGAAAAUAUAAAGUUACCAUUAACAAAGGAAGAUCGCGUUUUGGUAGAUUCUAAGAAAAAAAAGGAUAAAACUAAUUGUCCAAAAUUACCUACUGAAAAAAAUGAUGGCCUCCAGAAAAUGGACGUAGAGGAAAAAAAAUUGGCCAAUGAAGAGAUUGAAGAAAAACAGGAAAUACCAAAACGUCCUAGAAGAGGCCGUAAACCAAAAGAAAAUAAAAUGUGA